AAAGUCUGCGCCUAAUUCCUCUUCCUGGUAUGAUGGCUUUACAGUAGCUCAUCAUCCAUGGACAUCGUUACCGAGUUACCCGACUCCGAGUCGCACCUGAUGGCGGCUCCAGGGCGCAGUGAUCAUGUAGCAUUGCUGCUGGGAAAUGUGAUGUACGUCUGGGGUGGUUUAAAGUGUGAGGGUAUGGACGAAAUCGCGUUACCCACUAACGAAAUCUGGCUGUACGAUCUGGAAAGUGGAGUCUGGUCUUGCAAGGAAAUGGGUGGAGAGUUGCCUCCCCAGCUUUUCCAGACAUGCGGCUCACUUCUCAAUGGUAUUUUUUAUGUUUUUGGAGGCAGAGACGAUGACGUAUACUUGAACCAGAUGUAUUAUGUAGACUUGCAAGAUGGAAAUUACACAUGGAAGAAAUUAAAUGCCUGGGUUGGAACCCCUCCUUCACCCAGAGACAGACACUCCUGCUGGAUCUACAUGAACAGACUCAUCUAUUUUGGUGGAUAUGGGUACAAAACAAUUCAAGAGACCAUCAACAACGAAAGAUUUGCAAUAGAGGUGACAACAAUGGGGCCAAAUGAUGUUUUGUCUCGCCACCUUUGGGGUUGGAAUAAUGAGGUUCAUAUAUUUGAGCCCAACACAGCUACAUGGACUGUACCCGAAACCCAGGGCGAGCCACCUAAACUAAAGGCUUCCCUUUCUAAUGCCAUUCUUGGCAGCAGGGGCUACAUUUGUGGUGGUUUGGAAACACAGACUUUAGAAAUCCACUGUUUAGACCUGGACACAUGGACAUGGAUUCAAAUAGAGCCUUUGGCCCCCCCCCACCCGAUACAACGCUCCCUACACACACUCACCCCGACUUCAGACCACACGCUGUUCCUCUUCGGUGGGCUCAGCAUGUCUGGACAGGUUCUCAGUGAUGGCUGGGAAUUUGACACAGUGAAGAAAGAAUGGAUAGAGAAGCCACAUCCUUACAAAAAUAAACCCAGGUUUUGGCACUCAGCAGUACAGGGAAUGGACUACGAUGUGUUGGUUUAUGGAGGAAGUCAAGAAAACGUUUAUACCAUUGAUACGAUUACAGUACUCCGAUCUCGUUCAGUGACUCACAGUGGGAAUGUACUGGUGUUUCAGAGCCAGCCGUAUUCACUAACAAGAUUAUGUGAAGACUGUAUAGGCAAACAUGGAUCCGUUUUACAGGAGAAGGUGUCAUCUUUACCACCCAAAAUUCAGGAGACCGUUAACAAGAGGAUGCAUUACUUCAAAACAAAAAUGCAAAAGAAAAAUAGAUCUGCUUGAGUAGUAUCCCAUUGUAUGGACUUGAACAUACUGUAUAGGAUUUGCACAUAUAGUUAUUCAUUUAGUGACAACAUUUAUUUUUGUUACACAACACGUUCUUAAGUAUUAAUGUUGUAUAUUCUUAUUAGAAUUGCCUUCAGAUACUUGAUUGAAUUUUAGAGAUGUGAAUUUAUUUGAAAUAAUUGUUUAAAAUUGUAUGUUCAGGUUUGGAUAGGAUAUAGAUCCUUUAUGCCUUUUAAUCAGGUUGCUUGAAGUUUGAUGUUACAUCAUAAUUUCAACAUGAAUUAUUAAUUUAAAUAAAAAGAAUUGAACUAAACAUAUCAAUGUGGAUAAUUGUUUACAUGUGAAAAGCUAGCUAAGUGGUUUGGACUGGAAAGGAUUUUUAGCAUCCUAGAGGGCUUUUUGUUUUUCCACUUUCAAAGCGAUAGACAUUUUAUGGGCCCU